GGCGGGUGCCCUUCGCAAGGAAUACCAAGAUAUCCGAGACAAGAUGCCUCGGCUCCACAAUUCUCACGUUCCUACUGGCUGCCGGUAACACGUCCAUCAAGUUGAAUCGCAUGCUUCGGUCAAUUGCUUUGAGGCAAUAUCAUAUCUCUCAUCUUUGAGCCGCUUCCUCCACUGCUUCUGGUAUUGCGACACCGGAUCUGGUAUCCAUUUUCCGGUUUGCUUUUGUCCAACAGUCACCGGCUAUGUCAAUUCUUCCAUACGCGCUCCCGGCAGCUGCUGCCGGGCUUGCAUACCUCAACGGUCGCCAUGGCUUUACGCACGACCUGCCACUCCUAUCAGCCAUCGUGGGUAACGCUCUCAGCAUCUCGCGCCUCGCAGGACGCGACCAACUGAACCUCUUCUACGAACUCGAAUCGCAUGCCCAGUCGUCACGGGCAAACCACCCUUGGAUCAUCUUCCAGGGCAACACAUGGACGUAUGCGCAGGCGUACGAGAUUGUGCUCCGCUAUGGAGUGUGGUUGGGCAGCAAGGGCGUCAACAAGGAUGACAUUGUCGCAAUGGACUUUGUGAACUCGGAAGUCUUCAUAUGGAUAUGGUUUGGCCUCUGGAGCAUCGGCGCAAGGCCGGCUUUUAUCAACUACAACCUGACGGGCAAGCCGCUGGUGCAUACCAUCAAGACGAGCACGGCCAAGUUGGUGCUUGUGGAUGAGAAUGGCAAGGACAAGUUCAACGACGACACGCUGAAGGAGCAUGGCCUCACUCGCACAGAUUGCGCAGACAAGGUCGAGUACAGCUUUGAGCUGGAAGACUCCGACACGCCGCAGUCUGUGAAGAAGCAUGCUCAGGCCUCGGAAGCUGCGACUGAACGAAAGAUUGAAAUCAUCUUCUUCGACGAUGCGUUGACAUCGCACAUCCUUACCCAACCGGCGACGCGCUUUCCCGACUCUUUUCGCUCAGGCCAAAAACCCACCAGCAUGGCCAUGCUUAUCUACACCUCUGGCACAACCGGGCUUCCCAAACCCGCCGUGGUCGCGUGGAGCAGAGCUGGUGGUGCUGGUAAUUUUGCUGCCACAUGGAUGGGACUCAAGAACGACACUUUGUACACGUCGAUGCCGCUGUACCACAGCUCUGCCUCAAUACUAGGCGUAUGUGCUGUCCUCCGCAAGGGCUGCACAAUUGCUUUAUCCCAGAAAUUCUCCCACAAGACCUUCUGGCCCGAAAUCCGCGCAUCCAAUGCCACCAUUCUACACUACGUCGGCGAAACAUGUCGCUAUCUCCUGUCGGCUCCUCCGUCCCCCUUGGACAAGCAGCACAAGUUGCGCGCCGCCUUUGGCAACGGCUUGCGCCCUGACAUCUGGGAGCCCUUCAAGGAGCGCUUCGGCAUCGAAACCAUCUACGAGUUCUACGCCGCAACCGAAGCCCCCGGCGCGCUCUUCAACUGCUCGACAAACCCGUUUUCCACGGGCGCAAUUGGCCACUUCGGCACACUCGCAAACACCAUCUUGUCGCAGGAGCUCUGCCUCGUUCGCAUGGACCCGGAGUCGGAUCCCCCGGCGCCAGCCCGCGACCCCAAGACAGGCCUGUGCAAAGUAUGCGAGUACAACGAGCCCGGCGAGCUCCUCACGAAGCUCGAGGCCGACAACAUCGACAAGGGCUUCUCGGGCUACUACGGCAACGCCAAAGCCACAAACAGCAAAAUCAUCCGCGACGUCAAGAAAAAGGGCGACGCAUACUUCCGCUCUGGCGACCUCAUGCGCUGGGACGCCCAAGGCCGUGUCUGGUUCGUCGACCGCCUCGGCGACACGUUUCGCUGGAAAGCCGAAAACGUCUCCACGGCCGAAGUCAGCGAGGUCCUCGGAAAACACGCCGCCGUCGCCGAAGCAAACGUCUACGGCGUCCAGGUCCCGCGCCACGACGGCCGCGCCGGCUGCGCUGCAAUCAUCUUCAGAGACCAGCCGGGCUCUGUGCCCGCAGAUCACGUCCUCAAGUCCCUCGCCGAUCACGUCAAGAAACAGCUGCCGUGCUUCGCUGUCCCCAUCUGGAUCCGCGCCAUGAAGGAAAUGCAGCUUACAGGCACAAACAAGCAGCAGAAGCACUUGCUGCAAAAGGACGGUAUUGAUCCAGAGGUAGUAGAGAAGGAAGGCGACUUUUUGUUCUGGCUGAAAGAUGGCGCCUAUGCCCGCUUUACAAAGGCUGAUUUGGAAAGGAUUGAGGGUGGAGGUGUCAAGCUUUGAUUUAGUUGGUCUUGUGUUUUUUGUUUGUGUGCACAUGUAGGGAGGGAGGGGCAUCAUGAUAUCAUAUCCGGAGAAAGGUGAUUGCAUGGAUCAUUGUAUAUUUAUAUCUAGC